AUGUCUUCAUUCAGCAUUGGCGGAGGAGCCGGAGGAAGCAGGAUGCAGGUGUCUCAGAGCAGCAGAACCAUCUCUGCAGGGUACGGAGGCGGCGCCGGGUUCGGCGGUGGCGCCGGUGCCGGGUUCGGCGGCGGUGCCGGGUUCGGAGGUGGCUCCGGGUUCAAUUUCUCUGCCGGAGGGGCGAUGGACGGCGGCGUCAUCGGAAACGAGAAGAUGACCAUGCAGAACCUGAACGACCGUCUGGCCACCUACCUGUCCAAAGUGGCGGCGCUGGAAAAGGCCAACGCAGCGCUGGAGCUGAAGAUCCGCCAGUUUGUGGAGAACAAAGUGGGCCCCACCACCCACGACUACAGCGCCUUCUUCACCACCAUCACAGACCUGCAGGGCCAGAUCCAGGGCGCCCUGAUCUCCAAAGGAACCAUCAUGUUGAGUAUCGAUAAUGCUCGCCUGGCUCAGGACGACUUCAGGAUGAAGUAUGAGAACGAGCUGUCCAUGCGUCAGUCGGUGGAGGCCGACAUCGGCGGCUUGAAGAUGCUGAUGGGAGAGUUGGGCGUGACCAAGACCGACCUGACCAUGGUCAUCGAAAACCUGACGGAGGAGAUGGUGUCCAUGAAGAGCAACCACACGGAGGACAUGGUGUCCAUGAGGUCUCAGAUGACCGGGCAGGUGAACGUGGAGGUGGACGCCGCUCCUCAGGAGGACCUCACCAAAGUUAUCGAGGACAUCAGGGAGUACUACGAGCAGGUCGCCGCCAAGAGCCACAAAGACCUUCAGGCCUGGUUCCAGAACAAGAUGGAGACUCUGAGUCAGGAGGUGGUCACCAGUGAGAUGACGCUGAAGAGCUCGACCUCAGAGGUGAAGGAGGUGAAGAGUCAGCUGCAGUCCCUGGAGAUCGAGCUCCAGUCACAGCUCAGCAUGAAAGCCUCUUUGGAAGCUUCUCUGGCUGACAUCCAGGGCCGUUACGCCAUGCAGAUGAGCUCCUUCCAGAUGACAGUGAGCAUGCUGGAGGAGCAGCUGACACAGCUGAAGGCCGACAUGGAGAGACAGGGCCAGGAAUACCAGAUGCUGCUGGACAUCAAGACCAGACUGGAGAUGGAGAUCGCAGAGUACAGGAGGCUUAUGGACGGAGAGCACGCCAGCAGCAGCGAGCUGAACAGCAGCACCACCACCACCACCACCACCACUACGGUCGUCACCAAGGUCGUCGAGGAGGAGUCCGUCGUCGAGUAA